AUGUCAGAACCGAUCCCGGAAUCUAUUCCAACCUCCGCGGACCCACGAUCCAAGCGCCCCACCAAGAAACGUGCUCUCUCACCACGCUCUCAAACCGCAUCCGCCAUAACCACACUCUUCUCGAAACCCGACCAGGAGAUCCGCAUCCCAGGCUCAACAUCUCUCACUUCCCACAGUAAUCCCAACGGCGGGCCCCCAGAAAUAGUACAGAAUGUACAAGGCUCCAGCGCUGGUGCGGGAUCCGGAGAGUUCCAUGUGUAUAAGGCGAGUCGGAGGCGGGAGUAUGAGCGGUUGAGGGGGAUGGAUGAGGAGGUUAGGAAGGAAGAAGAGGGUGCUCAGUGGGAGAGGGAGAAGAAGGAGAGGGAAGAGAGGGAUAGGGAGAAGACGAGGAAGAACAGGGAGAAAAGAGAGAGGCUGAAGAGGAAGAAGGGUGGUAAUAAAGGCAGUGAGGGAAAUGAGCAGGGUGCCGGUACAGGAGGGAAAGUCAAACCGAGAGUCAUUAUUCGAGAGGGGGCUGAGAGAUUGGGCGGAGAGGGUAAUGGCGACGAGGAGAUGGGUGGCACGGCUGUGGAGGAGGAGAAGGGCGUCAUUAUCCAUGAUGACGAUUGA